UCCGAGGGAGAUGUGCUCGAUGCACUGCAAGCUCAACGAAUCCCACCUGAGGCGCAGGCGUUGAGCGGUGUGCCGCUCGUUGAAUAUCUCAGGAAGAAUCAAAAACUGUUCGAGGUUGAACCAAACCCUGCAACCCACUACUACAAGAAGAUGCUGAUGGAUUUGGAAUUCAUCGAUCCGAUCCGACACAACUACGCGGCGCGAAGAGAGAGCGGGCUGUACAUUCAGAAAGUUUCGAUGGUCGAAUUCAAUGGGCCCAUUGCCCGUCACUCACUUACAUCCGUGAUCAAUCACUUUGUGGUGAGUAGAUUUUGGAUGAAUGUUACGGCUUGUAUUUGA